CCACGCUUGUCUCAAGCGCACGUCGCUCCGCGCAUCGCUUGAUCCGCUCCGCUCGCUCCCGAAGCCACACGACGAUACCCGUGUGCGGCGGAUCCCGCGCGAGGCGUGCGCCCUGCGCACGCGCGAAGCAACAGAUAGCAGCCGCCGCGCCCCGCCGCGUCGCUCGCUGGUUCGGUUAUCGCGCGCUCGCCGUCGCGCUGGCCAGACGUGUAUGCCUCCGGUCUGCCGUGACGCGAAUCUCUCCACUCUUCGCGCGAUACUCUAGCUCGUAGUUUUCUUCGUAAUUUUAAGAUUGGUGUGUAGUGUCAAGUAGUGUUCCAGUAGAAUUUUUUCUCGUUCUCUGUGUCUAUUUAUCGGUGUUAGUGUAAUAAUGUUAUUCAGUAGUGUUAGGUUAGUUCGUGUUAGCAUGUAGGGAGUGUCGCGUCUGCGAUGUGUUCUUUGACGUUGGAACAGUUUCCCGAAUGAUGUAACGUAUUGCGGACGCGAAACGUGAACUAAUCAGUGCGAAGAUUAUGCGACAGGGACGCAUUAUGUUUUGUGGCGGGUAGUCGAGUGCCUCCAAGAUGUCGUUGCCCAUGAAGCGGUCGUUCAGCUCGGAGGGCGGCGCGACCUCCAAGCGCGACUGGAAGAUGCGGCUCAGCCUGCGGAGCCGCAGCGGGCACAGCGUCGAGGCGCUGCGCGGGCGCAGAUGCGCUUCACUGCGCUCUGCGGCGACGCCGGCGCGCGGGCAGGAGGAGUCUGGGCGCAGCACUCCCUCUGCCGCGCACCGAGCCUCGCCCUCGCCCGCUGACACUCCAGCACCCAAGAAAUCCAACUGGGAAGUGAUCGAACACUUCUCAUCCAGCAAGACCAAGAGAAGCCCCACUGCUGUGGAAGCAGAAGGCGGCGCUGCGUCCUCGUCGCCAGCGCUGCCUCUCUGCCCCGCCGGGAGACCUGAUGCCGACGUACAGCCUCUGCUCACUGAAGCAGAAGGGCAAGCAGAUGGCACCGGCGGUCUCGGCGGGAUCGAAGACGACGAGGAGGAGGACACCGGAUGGUGGGGCAAUUGCGUCAGCAACUGCCCGCCGCCCGUGCAGGACCUCUGUACUUCUAACCGAUUUGACAACCUACACGUGGAGAUGUUGUACCAGCGCUACUUCCUGCGCAUGAACCAGACCAACAUGACGCACCUGCUGGGCCUGCUGCUGGCCGUGGCCGUGGGCUUGCUGGUGGUGCAGGUGCGCACACUGCUCAUCGCGCAGAACCUCCUCAGCAAGUACCAGCCCAUGCUCAACAUCACCGAUGACUUUAACCGAUACCAUGACCCCAACCGAUACGUGAACGUGACAACCUCCCGAUACCAUGAAGAGUUGGCGGCGAUCAACGCGACGCAGUUCCACGUGUACUACGAGAAGGAGCGCGUCGCGCACAUCGUCAACAUCAUCGUCCUCGGACUUACCGCCCUCGUCUACGCAUGCCUGCUGGCGUGCCUGACGCGCCCGGCCAUGAACGAGAUCUACUUGCUCACCAUCUCCUACGUGGUGCUCGUCACCUUCCUGCUGGUGGAGCUCGCCCUGGCCGGCACCGCCGUGCUGCGUGGGCUGAGCAUCAGCACGGGCUCGUGCGCGCUGUUCACGUACGUGACGUAUGCGGCGCUGCCCGUGCGGCUGCAUGAGGCCGUGGUGGCCGGCCUGGCGCUCAGCAUCGUCAACAUCGGCGCUCACCUCAUCCUCGAUGAGCAUGCUGAAGUGCACCAAAUCUACUGCACGGUGGCGACACUGAUCGCGUGCAACUUGGCGGGCAUCAUGACACACAACCCGCGCGAGCUGGCACAGCGCCGCGCCUUCCUCGAGACGCGCGACUGCGUCGAGGCGCGGCUCGUCACCCAGCGCGAGAACCAGCAGCAGGAGCGCCUGCUGCUGUCGGUGCUGCCGCGCCACGUCGCCAUGGAGAUGAAGGCCGACAUCGCCAACCAGCCGCGCCAGGAGCAGUUCCACAAGAUCUACAUCCAGCGCUAUGAGAACGUCAGCAUCCUGUUCGCUGACAUCUGCGGCUUCACCUCCCUGUCCGACCAGUGCACCGCUGAGGAGCUGGUGCGCCUGCUGAACGAGCUCUUCGCUCGUUUCGACCGGCUGGCAGCAGAACACCACUGCCUGCGCAUCAAGCUGCUGGGCGACUGCUACUACUGCGUAUCUGGCCUGCCCGAGGCGCGUGACGACCACGCCAAAUGCUGUGUUGAGAUGGGACUCGACAUGAUUGAUGCCAUCGCGCUGGUGCGCGAGGUGAUGGCCGUCAAUGUGAACAUGCGCGUCGGCAUCCACACCGGCCGCGUGCACUGCGUAGUACUUGGCCUGCGCAAAUGGCAGUUCGAUGUCUGGUCCAAUGACGUCACCCUCGCCAACUACAUGGAGAGUGGCGGUGUCGCUGGACGCGUACACAUCACAAAGGAGACGCUGCGCUGCCUGGGCGAUGAUUACAAGGUGGAGCCCGGCCACGGCGGACUGCGCAAUGCCUACCUGAAGGAUCACAACAUCGAAACCUAUCUCAUCGUCCCCGACGAUACCAGCCGAGUGGACAAAAAGCCGCAGCACUCGUUCUCGCUGAACGGCAACGUGUCGAAAGAGAUGCGCGUCAUGGGCCACGGCUCGCAGCACGGCAAGCACUCCUCCAAGAUCGGAGUAGAUGCCAGCAAUGAGAACAAAAAGCCGGAGGACGAGGUGAACGAGUACCUGAUGAAGGCGAUCGACGCGCGCUCCACGGACCGGCUGCGCGCCGAGCACUGCCGCCCCUGCACGCUCACCUUCCGCGACAGCAAGCUGGAGCGCAAGUACACCGGCGAGCGCGACCGCAUGAUGAAGGUGUACUUCAUCUGCACCCUGGCGAUCUACUUCGCCAGCGUCGUCAUCCAGGUCGUCUCAUACAACCUGAAGCCGGUUAGCAUUAUCACCAUCGCUACGUCUGGCAUCAUCAUCUGCUCGUUCACGUACUUGGUGCUCUGCCUGGACUUUGAGCACUCGAGCCCGCGCCUGCGCCGCCUGUCGGAGCGCGUGCACAACAACCGCACGCUGGCACAGAUGGUAUCCUUCACCGUCGUCACCUCGUUCAUCAUCCAGAUCCAGGUCGUUAUGUGUGUACAGGUGCAAGGUCUGUUCGAUUCGGAGAGCAAGCAGGAGUUCCUGGCCAAUGAGACUCGGCAGGGCGACUUCCACCACUGCCCGCACGACAUGAACGAGCACUACCUGCAACUGACGCUGCUGGCGAUGUUCCUGUGCGCCGUACACCAGAUCCUCAUCACGGUGGUGAAGCUGCUGCUGCUCUCGUUCACGUGCACUGCGUACGCCACCGUCACGAUCCACGAGCACAUGAUCUUCAAGCAGCACUUCCACGACUAUCAUGUGGUCCACAGACACCGCUGCGGGCUCGACUGGAACCAACAAUGGACCGAUGUAGUGAUUGCAGUGGGUGCCACAGUGGCCCUACUGCUGCACUCGCACCAGACCGAAAGCACGUACCGGCUCGACUUUAUCUGGAAACUGCAGGCCAACGAUGAGAAGGAGGAGAUGGAGCACUUGGAGGCGUACAACCGCAAGCUGCUGGCCAACAUCCUGCCCGAGCACGUCGCACAGCACUUCCUCUGCAGCGACAAAAACAUCGAUGAGCUGUACCACGAGCAAUGUGAGUCAGUGUGCGUCAUGUUCGCAUCCAUCCCGAACUUCUCGGAAUUCUAUGUAGAGCUGGAGGGCAACAAUGAGGGCGUGGAGUGCCUGCGCCUCCUCAACGAGAUUAUCGCCGACUUCGACGAAAUCCUUGCCGAGGACCAGUUCAAAUACAUUGAGAAGAUCAAGAGCACCGGCGCCACAUACAUGGCCGCAUCAGGGCUGACGGCCGCCACACGCGACCUGCGCGGUUUCCGUCACGUGACUGCCAUGGCCGACUACGCACUGCGCCUGCGGGAGCAGCUGCAGUAUGUCAACGAGCACUCGUUCAACAGCUUCCGAAUCCGGAUUGGCAUCAACAUCGGGCCGGUGGUGGCAGGCGUGAUCGGAGCCCGCAAGCCUCAGUACGACAUCUGGGGCAACGCCGUGAACGUGGCGUCACGCAUGGACUCCACAGGGCUGCUCGACCAUAUCCAGGUGACGGAGGAGGUGUACGAGAUCCUGGCCAUGCGCGGCUACAAGCUGCGCUGCCGGGGCACCAUCGACGUGAAAGGCAAGGGUAACAUGGUCACCUACUUCCUGGAGGGCAUCGGGGAGACCACCUCGCCAGGCACCCUCGACAUCUACAGCAACCCGCAGCCGUCCACGUCUGGCACGAGCCAGGAGUGCAGCAACACUGCCGGCGGCCGGCCCGAGCACCGACCCUUGGAGACCCUCUCGGAGGGACACACCGACGAGGACGGUGGACCUUCGCCCAGGGCGUCCAUCCCCAGGGAGAACAACGACAUGGCUAGCCCGAAACUAGCAAACGGCGAGGGCGGCGCGUCGUCUCGCGAGAGCAUCGCGGAGGCAGUGCGCGCGCGCGUGCUGCGCCGGCUCGAGCGGCCACUGUCGCUGGCGGACCACGCCGGCAUGCCCACCAUCACGUCGCUGCUCAACUCGAAGGCGUAUUCCACGGACUUCGACCAAACAUUCCAUAUCACUGAGACCAAGAAAAACUUCUCGCUGAGCGACGUGAAGCGUGGCGUGGCCGAGUCGCGCAGCAGCGGCGAGAUCGAGGCUCUCCUGGAGGGCAGUGGCCCUCGCCGUGCUGCCAGCUUAGCAGACUUCCUCUUCCGUCGUAAGCAAAACAAGCUCAACGCUGCGGUGGUGAAUGUCAUUGAGAACCCAAUGACAGCCAUGUAUGACUACAGCCCCGCCGGUUCGCCCGCACACGACGACACUCACGUCGCCUAAACACUCGGACAUGACUACCCGGAAGUGACGCUCCUCCCUGAUUCGACGGCUCCAUGUUGAAUACACAGGCGGCGGGACAAUGCCACCAUGACAUAUAGUUGCCAGUAUCCCGGCCCCGCCCGACCCAUGAUGUUUCUCAGGGCACGAGCCAGUGAAGGCAUUGUCCCUCAGCCAUCUGUCGUCAACUGAGAGCAUUUCCCGGCUCAUUCGUACAUAACGGCGCCUGUGUUAUUGCGACAAGUUGAAAUUCUUGAACUCCGUUGAAAGUGUCCAUUGCUUUAGUGAAGUGGAGUUGAUACAAUAACACUCCAGUCUUUGAAUACUCGUGCUAAAGGUGUCUUUUGAACUUGCGUAUAUUUCCUCUACAUUUCUGUCACACUGGCCAGCUGUUUUUAUUUAAAUCACUCAGUAGUAGUUAGUAUUGAUACUACAGACUUCAUUAAAGCAACAUCCACUUACUGGAGCUCGAGCAAGUCAACGUGACAAUGAAACACAACCUGCGUGCCGACACCGGAGUGACGAUCCCUGGACGAGAACCCCCACCAUUAAGACUGAAGGAUGCCGCACGCGUGCCUCGCGUCUACGACGCGGCGCUCGGUCGGCGCUCUUCAUGAUACGAGCGGCCCCUAGCGGGCCGCCCAGGCAGUGACACGGACUUACUCACCGGACAUACGAGCGGUGCCGGCGCGCCGUCAGCCGCGGCGUGCGCCCGCGCCCACUAGCCACGCCGCGCGACUCGCGCCGCGCACUGCGCCCUAUAGUCGGAGUUACACUUAUUUCUAGUUAAGGAUUGCGGUUGUGUAUCUACAGUCGUAAGCAAGCGUAGAUGUGUACUUGACAACUUCACCGACAACUUGUUAACUGUUAUAUUGUUCUUAUCUUUUCUCUAAACGCAUAAGCGGGAUAUGCAGUCGGUAGAAAUGUAACUUAGGUAAUUCGACAAAGUCUUGAUUGAAAUAUCACAGAAAUAUUUGAAUAAGGUGCUGUACCCAGGACCCUCCCUAUAAUUAUGUAACCAAGAUACGCAGCAGGUGCGCCUGCGCAUAUUCUCGGCGCCCGAGCCUGUGAAGUAACGUUAUAUUACACUGUUUAUUAACUCUUGUAUAAUGCUGUCACGCCACACAAGUACUAAAGAAACUUUAUAUAAAUCGAGCUUAUAGAAACUCAUAGUGAGGUUUAAGAUAUAUUAUGAUUGUGUUGCAAGGAGUCCGCCUGGGCCCGCCGCCCGCCGCCCGCCGCCCGCCGCCC